ACCGGUUUGGUCUUCAAGUGAGAAGUUUCGGUUGGGCGCAGUAGUAACUAAGGUGCUUAAACACCUGAUACUGUUUAUAAUUCAUACUACUCAAAGAAAACAUAAAAAGGGGGAUGUUUGGUGGCUGUCUCAUAUUGGCACUUGUGUCAGCCGCUGCAGGACUACAAGUGACCACUCCAAAGCCCCUGUAUGAGGUUGCUAAGGGCGACAAUGUCACACUCGUGUGCAAUUACAAACCAGCUAAAGACAAGAACCCCUUCGUCAUGGUGUCCUGGUCCAUCCUCCCUGAGACAGUUGGGGAGAAGACUUCCCCCGUUGCGACGUAUUUCAGCAUGCCUGAAGAGACGGUGGACAUCACGCCUGAAUUUGAGAACAGGAUCUCCAUGAGGACGAACCUCGUCUCCAAAACCUCGGAACUGGUGAUCACAGGCGUGACCAUGCUGGAGAACAAGGUGUUCGAGUGCGAUGUGAAAAUCCCAACGGACGACACUGGGGUCCUGGCUGCCACCACCCGGCUCGUGGUGCUCGUGGCUCCCUCCAAGCCCAUCUGUAAGGUGGAAGGGAAAACCGAAUAUGGCCAGGACAUCACCCUGUCCUGCAUGUCUGAGGAGGGGUCCCCUGUCCCCACCUACACCUGGAAGAGAUACAGCGUACAGAACCAGCCCGCGCCCUUCCCCCCCAAAGCUACUGAGGCAAAAGGCCUUUUGUCCCUCUUCAACGUGUCCAUGGAGACGUCUGGAUUUUACGUCUGCACCUCGGCUAACAAGAUCCGAUCGGCAAGCUGCAACAUGACUCUCUCUGUCCUGCCUCCCUCCAUGAACAUCGGCUCCACGGCGGGGAUCAUUGGCGGCUGUGUGGCUGCUCUGCUGCUGCUCGCCAUCAUCGUCUACUGCUGCUGCUGCAGGAAGAAAAAGGACAAGGACAAGGAGUAUCCCAUGGGGACUGCGGAGGAGGCGGCGUACCAUGAAGGCGAGCUGCUGAAAAGUGAGGGCGGUAUCCAGGACGACAGACCGAAAAGUCCCGGUGACUCGAUGGGAGGUGACCGUUCUCCCCGCGGGGGAAUCGUGCCCGACGAUCGGUCCGAGGUGCGCAGCGAGAGGAGCUACGACCGGCGCAACGACUACGACGACCGUCGCGAGAAAUACGACCCGCGGGACGACGACCGUCGCGAUAGACGCGAUGACCGCAGGGAUGACUACGAUGACCGUCGCGACAGAUACGACCGUCGUGAUAGAGAUCCCGAUCGUCGGGAUAGAGAUCCCGACCGUCGGGAGAGAUACGAUGACCGCAGGGAUGACUACGAUGACCGUCGCGAUAGAUAUGCCGACCGUCGCGAUAGAGAGCCCGACCGUCGCGAUAAAGAGCCUGACCGUCGCGAUAGAGAGAGCGACCGCAGGGAUGACUGAUGGAUGCUUUCAGCUCAGGGAUAAAUACCGUCAGAUGUCACAUGACGUAUGACUUGUAAGAAUGAUUAUGAUAAUUGGUACCAUGACCCCAAGGAUGACUGCCGUGACUAAUUGAGGGCCCCUCGUUACUUUGACUAUUUCCAAGAAAUCCAGUGACCGCCUAGAUUAUGAUGAUGACUGCCACUAGACAUAUGAGGACGACAGGUGAAUUAGACCGAUGAUGACACACACGAUGACCGCUGUGAUGAUCAGGUUAAUGAAAUGAAACGGACCGAAGGCAAAUGCUAACCCCAAAGACACCCCCCCCGCCCCCACCCUCCCCUGGGACGGGGGCAAUUUGGUAGAUGCACCCCAGACCAAGCGAGGGUGUGGUGUGUGGACUACACAGCACUGUCUAUAUCAGGCUCAGCCCAGCUGUGUAAAUCUGCUUUCGGCUCGUUUCCCUGGCAGCACACUGAGGGAAAGCCACAUGGGCUCGCUCUGUCGCCCCCUGUCGGUGGGAGGUAGUCGUGGCGUAGCGUGGCAUUAGGUCACCUGCUGCGAAUGAUGCUGACCACUGCUACUCAAUCAGAUUUGAGUCCACUGUAUCAAACGACAGAGGUUUGCACAGGCAUAGAAUAAAAUUGCAAUCUUUUUCCUUUCUGUUCCAAACUCAGACGUCUUAAGCCUAACUCUUGAAAUCAAAACCUUUUUUUUCGCAAUAUGUCUUUGUUCUCACGGAACGUUUCGCUUGAUGAUUUCGACACAUCCGAUACCGCAGUAGGCGACGUGGCAACAUCCUCCUAACAGGAAAACUACCUCUACGCUAAGCUGUGGCUACCUCCCACAGACAGGGGGCGACAGAACGCCGACGUUGCUGUGCUGUCAGGGCCUAUUUUGUUGUGCUUUUUUUUUUGUUUUUGUUUUGUGACUGUGUGACUAAUGCACUGUCCAUUCUGGAGCCACCGGCCGCUCUGUGCUGGUCUGUGCCAUGGCAUUAGCGUCAGCUUGUUCUAUAACGGCAACAGGAAACGGUCUGCGUGUUGGUGAGACCUGUUUGGGAAUCAAUAAUCAGGGAAAACUAACUGAAUUAUUUAAUCUGCUGCACAAUCCUUUUAUCUCCUGUGACCCUUCUUUGGUUGCAGGUUGUUUAAUGUGGGUUUUCUGUUGGUGCAUGAAUCCUGUUUUAAAUUGCAAUGUAAAUAUUUGUUGUUUUACAUAUUGAUACAUUUUUAAUGAAUUUAAUAAAUUAACCAAACACAUUUGUACACAUUUGUGUAAUUCCUGAUGCAGAGAGCCAGUAUGUCUGUGGUUGACAGGCAUGUAAUGGUGUGCAAUCGUUUCUUUACCUCGACCUGUGCUUCUUUACCUUUACCUGUGCUUAUGAUGAAACGUGUGGAAGAUUAGCUGACCUGCUCUGGUAAAUUAGGUGCCUUGCAUACACAGUUUAAUUCAAGCUACGGCCAAAAGAAAGCUUAACUUUUACAGUCUGGCCAGAAAUGUUUUGAUUGCACCCCACCCCUCAUGGCUGAAUGCUCAAUCCCGUAACCUGGCAUCAUGGUGCAUUAUACCUAGAAAUACAAAUGGCGGCUUUUCAGAGCUGGACAUAUGAAUCGUUUGCAUGGGUGACUGUGAGCACACACAUUUACAUCAUUCAUAUUCCUGUGGCUUUCUGAGUGUCAGUAUCGUCUGUGCGUGGUGCCUAAAUGAAGUAACGAGUGUGUGUGUGUGUGUGUGUGUGCCUGUUUACCAACAGAAUUAUUUUGCAUUUCUAUAAUGUUUUGAAUUGCUGGGGUAGUUGUAUUUUUAUUUUGUUCUGAUUGGUGGAUUUGGAUUGUCCUGAUUACCCAUGUGGAGUCAAAAUAGUAUUCUCACGUAUACUAUUCCAUACUUUAACGUCUUGAAUUAUAUCAAAUUAAAUUGCGCUGUGCAAGUACGCUGAAAUGUACUACUUUCCCCACAUGGGUAUUCAUCAGCUGUCCUGAUUGGCUGACCUGGGUUCCCUGCAUGCACUGUGGGAACUGUAGUGUUACUCGAGUGAGUGAAUAGAUGGGCAUAGAUGGGACCGAGAGCCCAAAUUAUUUUGAGUAUUUGAAAAGGGUUUUAUGUUUUUAAUUUGUAUGUUGGUACUGUGAGGAUUCUUGCAUCACAGGUGUGUUUUAGGAAGUUAUGUAUGGGGCCAUUUUUAAGGUGCGGCAGUGAAUAUAGCUUUGGGAGGAAAAAAUUUAAUCUGUAGCCAGAUUUAGCAUAACUACAUUUCUGUAUCAAGUAAAUCACAUACUUUUUUUUUUUUUUUUUUUUUUACACUGUAUAAGUACAUUGUUUUUGUUUGAAUAUUGAAUCGAAUAUUGAAACAUUUAUGAAGACCUCUUUAAUGUAAAUGAAUUUUUAAAGCACACUUGAGUAUUAAUAUGUGCAACUGAUAUUUUUGGUAGUAUUUCUUUUUGGAACUUUGGAGCUUCUUUUCUCAAAAGUGGAGUUCUGUGCUUUGGAGUGCUCAAAGAAGCACAUCAUUUUAAAGAACUUAAAUAAAAAUCUGAAUUUGUCAUUUAAA